GUGGGUAAAAUAUUUGUUGUGCUUGUGGUCGCUAUGGUUUGCAGGUGUUUUUAAUACUAACAAACAUUGUUGUCUAGUCUAUGUAUUACUUCCCUAAUUUUUCUUCUAUUAGUUAAGAGCGUAUUAUAUAUAAAAAUAAACAUUAAGCUCAUAUUUAUCUAGUUCUGUUAGAGAAUGAGUGCAGUCAAAAGUUCCAGUUCGUGUAAAGUGCUUCCUUCCACUGGAAGAUGUAUUGGGCAGUCAAGAAAUGAGGUUUCGGAGAGCAACAAUAGAAUUGGGAAUUCAUCGAAUACUCAAGCCGUAACAGAAGAAGAAUUGUUACAAAAGGAAUACAUUACACCCGACGAAGUUUUAAAACUUUCAAAGGUUACUGAAGGUUACCUGUGCUCUCCAGAGGCCAAUAUUUAUGGAAUUGAUUUUACUCGCUUCAAAAUUCGGGAUAUGGAAACAGGAACAGUGUUGUUUGAAAUUGCUAAACCAUCUGUUCCAGUGUCAGAGGAUGAGGACAAAGAGAAAGAUACAAGGGAACAAGAAAUUUCAGAUCCAAGUACUGGCCGUUUUGUACGCUACCAUUUUACUCCACAGUUUUUGAAACUCAGUGCUGUUGGAGCAACGGUAGGGUUCACAAUGGAGUCCUUUUCUCAACCUACAUUGGCAUUCUUCACCAGGAAGAGCGUACAUGCAGUCACUUCCAUGGUCACUGCAUUACCAAUGGAUCAGGAAUUUCAAUCCACUGGAUCAUCCUGUCUCCUUCAUCAGGAGCUACAUAUUAGUUCUCGAGUAGUGGUUCAUUUGGUUCAACACUACCAUCGAUGUGAAGAGAUGAUAAAGAAUCCAUUCCAGACCCGAUCAGACAGUUUCUACUUCGUUGAUAACAAGUUGAUUAUGCACAACAAGGCUGACUAUGCUUAUAACAGUGGCCUUCAGUAGAAGGUUUGCCUUGUCAUGUAGGAAAAAACCUUCAGCUCACUAAAUUUCACUUGCAGUAUGAGUAGAUCUGAUAGUGUCAUGCUUACAUAGUGAUCAGCAUUCCUGCUUUUUUCACCAUUUUUUCCAUUCACAGUUGGUUUUUGUCUGUAGAAUUGUACACAUUAACUAGUUUUACUAUUAAUGAUAAUGUAUUAAGUGACAGGACCAUAAAUAGGUAGCUAGAUACAUAUUGUUAUAAGGUUUGAUUAAAGAUGACACUCAUGUAUAUGGAGCACAACACCUGUGUGCAACUAUACAUAGAAAUUAGACUUUAGAUAUGAAUGGUACCUAUACUGCAGCAAACAUAAGUAUAUGCAUUUUGGUUGAAAACUUUCUUUCUUGCCAGGUUUGAAAUGAAACAGUUUUUUUUGUGCAUUUAGCAGAAAACAUUUAAUAUACUAUUGUUACAUUUUUAAGAUUAUACUUCCUUGUGACACACUUGCAUUUAAGAUGCAAUUUAAAAAAUUCAAAUUUGGUCAGGUAGUAUGUUCGGUUGUACAUAACUGUGUCAGAAGUAAAUAUUUGACUUUUUUUUUUGUCAAGCUUAUGUUUGGUGCUAAAAACCAAUUAAUAAGCAGACUUGUAUCUUGUGGUACUCAUAUAUAGUAAAUGUAAAACACUUAAGACAUAUUCACUAAAAUAUUCAUAUUGAUAUUGAUUUACUAAUAUACUAGAAAGUUUAAAACAUUCCUCUUACAAAGUGUAAGAUGUACAAUUUUUUGCAAGCAUUACAAGUAUCUAAAAUGAACCAGUUAUUAUAUUAUAAUACAACACAUAUGACAGUGAAAAUACUUCAAUAUGCUCAAAGUAAACAUGAAAAAUAAUCAGUUCCUUGAAACCACCAUUAGUCUUGCUAUAAUACAGGUUAUAUUUAGUCUCAUUGCUAAGUUACUUAUUAUUUUCUUUUGUUUUUUUGGCAUAACAGAGUGAUGGACAGUUCUAUAAAUAUAUAUAAUAUACAUGUGUAAAUGACACAUUUGAUUCAGAUAUUGAAAUUAUACUGUCUUGUAAGUACAGUAAAACAUACAUAGCUAUUGAACAAACUGUAGCAUUUUGGUUGCUAGUAUUAAAUUAUAUUAUCAAAUAUAAACUUGUAUUGGCUAAUACAUCUACAUGUUUGUAUCAUUAUACAUAUAAUUAUUUUUUAGUUUAGAUUACUUUAAGUAUUUCUACUUUUUGAUAAUAGUCUUCUUGUGGCUAGAGAUUUUUAUGCAAAAUAAAGUUUAAAUUCACAAUAACAAAUUUAUUUGGAAACUAGUUUUGACACUUCCAUAUGUCCUGCUCAGUUCAAUGUUUGUGUUUCUCUCACAAAUAAACACUGGACUAAAGAGAACACAUGAAAGUGUCAAAAAUAGUAUCCAUAUAAAUUUGGUAUUGUUCUGUUAUUGUGGUUUUUAAACUUUUUUGAUUACUUUACAUGACAUUGUGUAUUUACCUACCAUUUUUGUUCAAGUUCAGCAUACCUGAAAUUUAAAUGUACACAGAACAUCUCAUAAAAUAAUUUACAUUAUAUUUUUAUGACAACAAUAUAGCCCCUUCUACUAUUGUUUUAGCAAUGAAAUUGACCUAGUUUGUAAAAUAAGUAAAAAAAAAAGUUACAGUUAGCAAUUAUAAAUCAUUAAUGUCAUUUGUAAGAAAAACUUUAAGCAUGGUAAUUUGUAUAUCAGCUCUUGUCAGUUAAGCACACAGAUGCUCUUUGCAGAUUGCCUAUUUUACAAGGAAAUUAGAUAUUAUUUGAUCAGCGUAUCUAACUCUAGAAGUGUAAGAUCAGUGUAAUAUUAAACCAACUGUUCUAUGCUGUAACUUCUGGCAAAAACAUAUUGAUAUCUUGAAUGUUCAAUUUAAAGCUGGGUAUAAAUUUCACAGGCAAUCAUAAUAUUUAUGGAGUAGUGUAUAGGAUUAUGAAAAAAGUGUACUUUAGCAAGAGACACAUUUUUAUAAUACUGGGUUUCAUUUCCAGUAAUUUAAAACUUAAAAUGAUUAUACAAAACGUUUCAGUAGCUGUACCAUAAAUGUGCAGAGGUUGACAAUUUCAACUUUUCAUUUAACAAAUUUAUGAAUUAUACUUAUAUUAAAGUAAAUUUUGCAUGUAAAAAUCUGAGUAGAAUUAUUGAGUUAUCUGUAUCUUUAUUUGAGUAUUUGUGCUCUUUUAUAUCAUACAAAAGCAUUGAAUGUUUAUCUUAGGGAAAGGUAAAUCAUUAAAAAAUGUUAACUGUCAAAGCAUAUAUAAUAAAUGUAGAUUAAUGUAUAGUGGAAUACAAUGUAAUUGUGUUUCAGCUAUUUAGCAUUUAUAUUUCCCCUAUUGAAUUGUGUCUGUUGAUGGGUGCUACAAAAUCAAGUUGUUGAAAGUUUCACGUUGGUUUAGACUUGCAAAUACAAAAUCAUACUCAUUUGCUCUAAAUGUCACAAAUGUAUACAUUAUAGUACUUCAAAAUCCUUAAUUGAUUUUAGUAGUUAGAGGAAAUGCUGUCCACUUUGAAUAAGAAUUGAACAAAAUCUGUUUGAUGAAUACAAAUAAUGCACUAUGAAAUAUCAAGGUCAGUAUGAAAAUGUAGUUAAUGCAUUUAAAUGUUUUUUUGCUCCAUGUUUCUCCAUCGUGUAAUAAGAAUUUUAGAAAUUUUUGAAACAUUAUUUUUGCUAAUAUGUAAACAUUUAUAGUACUUUCACAUUAUCCAUUGGUUUUUCACCAAAGAUAGCUAUUCAUGCUAUACUAAUAUUGAUAUGAAACAAACUCCUUAAUUUCUGAUAUUACAGGAGCAUAUUUCAAGAUUUACUGACCAGGAAAGUAACUUAUGUUCAGGAGUUAUUAAAAUUGAUUUCAAAUUUCAUCUGAAAAUAAUAGCUUUUGGAAGAUAUAGAAGGUUUGUAGUACAACAUUUGAUGAUUAAGUUGGCUGAUUGAUUUUUUACUCAGUGCAGAGUAAUUAUGUUUUGUGACUGUUGCCAAUCCAAUCCAUUUGGCCUUUUUUAAAUGAAAUGUUUUAUGUUCAUUAUAUAAACCAUUAAAGUCUUGAUAUCAGUGUAUAUUGGAUGUUAAUCUACAUAAACCACACAGACACAUGCACACAAAUCGAUAUAUAUAUAACAGAAAAUACUAUUAUGUUAUUACGUUUGUUUCAUAACUUGACACAGUUUCAAGCAAUUGUAUAUGUAGCAUACAAAACCUCAUAAUGUACUUGAAUAAUUAUGUAUAAUUCCAUUCAUAACAUGCCUCAGGGUAGUUAAUCCAAAAGAGUUGAUCUCUUGAAUUUUGGUUUUCCAUUAAAGAUAUACGUCACUUAGGUAUAAAAAGCUUCAACUAAAAGAAAAAGAAUAUAACACAAUAGCCAAUUUUGGUACUUUUUUCCUAUAGUGAUUGAUUUAUUGCCAUGAUCUAGAAGGUGCUUGAACUUUCAGGACAUUAUAUUUAAAUAAUAAUUUAAGAAAGGGUAAAAAAAAACAAUACAAAUAAAAAAACAGUGAAAAGAUACUGAUAUUUAAAUGCCAGAUCGUUUUCUCUGUAAAACACUAUUUUAUAAUUUUGUUUGUUUUGAACUCUGUUUUUAAUUGUAGCUAAUUUGUUUAUAGUUGUUUUAUAUAUGAUUUGAUAUUAUGUCUUCUAUUUAAAUGUGUUUAUAAACAUAAAGAAUUUAUUUGAAUUUGCAAAUAUUGCAAUUUUCUAUUAUUUUUUUCAUGUAUUCUCUGUCAGUUACAGUUUUUAAAUUUGUAGAAAUUUGAUAUUUAAUGUUACAUGCUACAGUGGGUGACAAAAUAUGGGCUUCUUUACAGCUAUCUUUACCAAAUUAUUUAGUUGUUUCCUUGACUUUCAUUAUAACAGUUUUAAAAAGUUAUCCAGUUUUUGAUAUUUAUAGGUUUAUACAGAAAGGUGUUACAUUCAAAUCUGUUUUUUAGCAUUUGUCUCAGUAAAAGCAUGAGUUUUUUAAUUUUUACUAUUUUAUUUUUAUUAUCUCUUUAUUUUAUCAGUGUGUGAGCUAAAAUAGUAUUUUUGUUUUUGAAAGUUGCUUAUGACGUGUUCGUGUUCGUAACUGGAACUUGAAGGAAAACCAUGCUUUGAAACAUAGUGAUAAUUCUAGCUGCUGUUUUAAAACUAGUCAAAGCUAGUACUUGCACUAGUAGUGUAUUACUUACUUCUCAUACUUAGAUUAAAGCAAAGUGUCAACUGCAUGGUCUGAAAUAUUUUUUUGUCUUCUCAGUUUUGUAUAUUAUUUUUUAGCACACAUAAAUGUACAAAUGUUUUGUCACAAUGUUUUUAAAAACUUGAGUACUUUAAGUUUGUUGUGAUCUUUAUAUUUUAAUAGGUUCAUUUAAUAUUUUAUCAAGUUUUGUUUUAUAAUUAAAGGUUUAUAACAUUUAUAUUCUGAUGGUAGUAAUAUUAAAUCUUAAUUAUUUAGGUGCUGUAUAAGCAGUUUGAAAACAUUAUUUUUCAAUCUAUUCUGCCAAAUCCCACAUUGCAUGAAUAAAGUCAUUUUACUGUGUAUUAUUGGUUUUGAUUGUACUUGUAAAGAUAUACAAUUUAUAAUGCUUCACAACAAUGGCUAUAUAUAUGUCUUAAUGCAAUUUAAAAAGCUGUAUGGCAGAGUCUGGUGAAGAUAAUUGAGUAAUACUCUUGUAGAACAUUAAAAAAAUUGGAACUUU